UAAUGAAAUGCGUCGUAAUGGAUUGGGAGGGCCGGUCCGCAAAUCAACGCGAGAUGCGGCCGCCGUGAUUCUAGUUUUCAUAAUAAUUUCUUAUUAAAAAGUUUGCACGUUUCAUUUAAUAACUUAAUUUCCAACCGUAUGAUUUCGAUGGUUUUUGCAAAAGGAUCAUCUAUACAAUUUUUCUGAUUUUUUACAAUUUAUUAGGUAUUAAUUGAUUCAGUAGAUAAUUAAUUAGGUCCGGUUAAAAAAAAAAAACACCAAAAUGUACACUGUUUAAAUGGGCCGAUCCUGCUUCGAGAUAAACACUGUCGUGCCGCCGCUAUAUUUUUUUUACUUAUUAGCUCGCGUCACGACCGCCACGCUGGAUAUCAUAAUUAUUUAUUUAUUUAUUUAAGUAUUACUUCAUUGGUUUUGUUUUUUUCUGAAUUGUGUUCAUAAUAUUAGUUAAUAGGUACUAUAGUCUAUAAGUCACGAAGAAAUUAUUUAAAAUGGAUAAGUUCCACGGUAAGGAUAACACUGAACAUUUAGAGUUGCUUUGCGAGAAGAGCAAAUUUUGUCAUCAAAUUGAAUGUUUAAUAUCGUCAAUCGAUCGAAUAAACAACGAUCCAAUGGUCAAAGAACGCCUCGAUAAACUUAAGAACUCUAUUGAAAAAUGUGUGGAAAAUUCUGGACGAGUUUAUAUUUUUGGCUCCCGUUUGUAUGGCAUUGCGAAUGCCGGUAGUGAUGUAGAUUUGUAUUUCGAUACUGGUGAUUAUUUUUCAGGAAAAAUUGCAGACGAUUACACGCGACAACUACAACUUACAGAUUUAUUUUCUAAAGGCGCGAAUAAAGAAUUUAUUGGAGUGAAAAUUAUUACAGAAACGCGAAUACCAAUUGUACGCUUUAAACACGAUCCUACAAAUUUUGAUUGUGAUUUGCAUUUUCGGAGUGGUCUUUCUGUGCUUAACUCGGAACUUAUCAAAUUGUAUUUAUCCAUGGAUGAAAGAGUACGUUGGGUAGUCAUCGCAGUAAAACAUUGGGCUGUUUCUUAUAAACUCUUAUCAGAUGAUUUUUCAACCUAUUCCCUAAUUUGGCUUGUGUUAUUUGUCAUGAUGCAAUACAAAAUUGUUCCACCCAUUAUAGAUUUAUGGAGAAUGCAUCACAAACAUGUACCAAAUUAUAUCGAAGGUUGGGAUACACGUAUUUGUUUUAAUAAUGAUCAAUUAAAAUCAAAAAUGUUUUCCAAAUCAAAUCUUUCAAAAUGGAAAUUACUUCGUAAUGUUUUUAAAUUUUACUCAGACUCGAUCAAAUUACAAAAUUAUGUGCUAUGUACUGUACUUGGUGAAUUACUUUCAAAAAAAACAUUUCAUUCAACAUUUAUAACUAAAGUUAAUGCCAUGGGCAAUUAUCAAUGUCAAAUUGAGAAGUUUGAAAAAAGUGAAACUUUGAUAAACACUAAUUUUGGCAGUUUCAACAGAAUCGAACUACAGAACCCAUUGAAAUUAUGUAACAAUGUUAUUCCUUGGCUCAGUGAUAAAAAUAUGAAUUUAUUUAUAGAUUUGUGUACGAAAUCUGGCAACUCAAUGUGAAACACUAAUAAAUUGUUUAAUCUCAUA